AUGCUCCGCCACUGUCCAAAAAACGCUCAUCAUUGCUCCUUUUUUUAUCAGCAACCUUGUAUUCUUUUCAGGUCUACGUGUGCUCUAGCUGGAGAGAAUUUCGCCAUAGUAGCAAGUGACACUCGUCAUUUCCUUCAGUCCCGUCUUCAUAAAUAUCGUUUCGACUACCGUACUGAUAUGAGUGUGGAUCUGAUGGCGGAGCUUCUAGCAAGAAAUCUCUACUACAGGCGCUUCUUCCCUUACUAUACGGGUGCCAUUUUGGCUGGAAUAGAUGAGAACGGCAAAGGGGCGGUGUUCAGCUACGAUCCUAUCGGGUGCGUAGAACGCAUUGCCUACUCGGCAAGUGGUGCAGCUGAACCAAUGAUGAUUCCCUUUUUGGAUUGCCAGAUUGGGCAUGUGACAUUGAGUGACGAGGCCGAGCAUCCGCCGCUUACGCUCCAGAGAGCAAUUUCACUCAUGAAGGUCAGUUUGCCUUCCUUUACUUAUUGUAUGCAGUAG